AUGUGCACUUCCGAGCGCGUGACCCGCGACGCAAAUCAAUAUACGGUGGUUGUUUCGACUUGGCACGUUGACGGCGAUCGCAGGUAUCACGGUACCGAGGAAGUGAAAGACGGCGGGCGGUUCAACACAUCGCUGGAACUCGAUCAGAAGCUGUACCACCUCGCGAGGCUGAGGAUCGACAGCGUGGCGAAGGGGGAUGCGGGGGAGUAUAGGGCCGUGGCGAAGAACAAGCACGGCCAGGGGGUGGCGACCAUUAAUUUGAACUUCGAGGGUGGCGACAGGCUCAAAAUACCGGACGGUAAGCCGCCGCGCUUCCCGAAGAAGCCGACGAUCCGCCAGGAGGGCGACUUACUCAUCAUGGAAUGCAUCCUGGAGGCACAUCCGGUGCCGGACAUAACGUGGUACCAGGGUCAGAAAACGAUUGCCGACAGUAAACGCGUGAAGAUGUCGCGCAAGGCCACCGGCAAGGACACGUAUCUGCUGACCCUCGAGAUCACGAAUCCGACCAAGGGUGACGGUGGGAAUUACCGUUGCAACGCCUUUAACAACUUCGGCGAGAGUAACGCCAACAUCUCCCUCAAUUUCCAAGAGGAGGGCGCGGGUUGCGCUCCGUCCUUCAUCGAGAAACCUCGCAUCCUCCCGAAUGAGACCGGCACGCUGAUCACCAUGAAGUGCAAGUGCAAGGCAAAUCCCAAGCCGGAGGUCACGUGGUUCCGCGGCACCAGCGUGGUCAAGGAGUCGUCAAAGAUCUCGAUCAAGACUAAGACGGUCGAGGAGGACAUAUAUGAACUUAUCAUGGAGAUAAAAGAUCCAUCGGGACCAGACGGCGGCACUUACAGAUGUCACGUGAAGAACGAGCAUGGCGAGAGCAACGCCAAUUUGAAUUUGAAUAUCGAGGCGGAACCGGAACCGGAGGGAGACGGGCCGACGUUUGUGGAGAAACCACGGAUACGGUCGCAUAAUAAGGGCAAGCUUGUCGUCAUGGACUGCAAGGUGAAGGCGAAGCCGAAGCCGCAGAUUGUAUGGACCCGCGCCGGCCAAGUGGUGAAGGAGUCCUCGAAGAUUUCCCUCAGCAUCGUUGAAGAGAAGGACGAUGUUUAUUAUAUCAAAUUGUCUCUGAACGAUCCUGGACCAGACGAUUCCGGCCUUUACAAGUGCAACAUUAAGAACGACCUUGGCGAACUCAAUGCCAAUCUUACGUUAAACGUCGAAAUUAUACCCGUAAUUAAAGAGAAGCCAAAGGUAGUAAAGAUUGUCAAGAAGAAGACGGUCGUGAUUGAAUGUCACGUUCUUUCUCAAUUCGCACCUGAGUGUACGUGGUUUAAGGAAACUCAGGCCGUUAAAGAGGAUACUAGACACAAGUUGCAUGUCGAGCAAGUCAAAGAAGGUGAAUUUGCCGUGAAACUCGAAAUCGAACAAAUGUCGGCGACAGACAAGGGUACGUACAAAUUGGUGGCGCGCAACGAAAAGGGCGAAGCCACGUCGCAAGUAGUGGAAGUGACGGAAAUUCCAGACCAAGGAGAAAAACCAAAAAUUGUUACCGGCCUCAAAUCAAUUACUGUCGAGGAAGGCAAGACGGUCGAGCUCGUCGCCACUCUUGCAACGCAAGACCGAAAGGUCACUGUCACAUGGACUAGAGAUUCAACGGUCGUCAAAGCGUCAAAGGACAUCAUGAUCUCCUUCAACGGUCUGGAUAUGAAAUUGACCAUUACCUCUGCAUCGACAGAAUUUACGGGAUCAUAUAAAGUCGUCGUGAGCAACGAAUACGGUCAAGACGAAUCGUCGGCUCGUCUCGUCGUCAAGAAGAAAGAGGAGAAGAAGAAGGACGAGGAGGAGGAAGAGAAGAAGAAGAAGAAGGUCGAGAAGAAAGAGGAGAAGAAAGAAGAGGAAAAGAAGGAAGAGAAGAAGGUGGAGAAAAAGGCCGAAGAAAAGAAGGAGGAGAAGAAAGAGGAAAAGAAGGUAAUAAGUUCAACGUGGAGCGACGAUGAUGGCGGGAGAUCGGAGGAAUAUGAGGAGGAAGUGGAGGAAGAGGAGGAAGUGGUGAGUGUAAUUGAGUCCAGCAUUAUCAGCACGGAGGCCAUUCUCGAGGAAUCGGACUCUGAAAUUGUUUCUCGCGUCGAGGAUAAGCCCGAUUUGAAACCGAAUGGUAUCGACAAACCAGGGGUUGGGAAGAAAAUGGAGAUCUUACAG